GAAGGGAUUUAUCUCCCAGCUCCACACGCCUGGUUCUCUUUCCUCCCUCCAACCUGACAUCUCAACAGGGUCCAAAGCGGCUCCAGCCUUAACAGGGGAUUCCUUUGAAAGAACGAACGACGAAGACGGGCAGCUUAACCACCAUGACCCUGAAGUCCAACAAGAGCGAGCCCCUCGGACCUUUCGCUGCCUUCGAGACUAUCAAUAGUUGCCGGACACCGCUGUCUGAUUUGUAUCUGGAGCAGUUACUGCAGAGCAAAGGCAAGCCUGAGGGAUAUAUGCUGACAUGCCCUGGUACUGCCCAGGAAGUCUACAGCAAUGGCAGUGCCAACUCUUCCCCUUACAUGAAUGGCAACAGUAAAGAACAUGAGGCCCAGAACAUGAAGAAAAUCCAAAUGAUCACAUUCCAGAAAAGUACAAAUGAACCUUUGGGAAUUACUUUGAAACUGAAUGACAAGGGGCGCUGUGUCAUUGGAAGGAUUCUACACGGAGGGAUGAUUCAUAGACAAGGCACACUGCACGUUGGUGAUGAAAUUCUUGAAAUAAAUGGCAAAAGUGCACUAAAUCAAACAGUGGAAGAACUGCAGUCACAGCUGAAGGAAAUGAUGGGAACUGUCACCUUACAGGUUCAAUCCAGCUACCAUUGCAACCCUCUGUCUUUUGAGAUGUAUAUGAGAGCUCAAUUUGAUUAUGAUCCAAAGAAGGACGAUCUAAUCCCUUGCAAGGAAGCUGGAUUAAGUUUUGAGACGGGUGACAUCAUCAAGAUUAUCAGUAAGGACGAUCCCAACUGGUGGCAGGGCACUCUGGAAAAUACAAGCAAAAUAACUGGACUAAUUCCCUCACCUGAACUGCAGGAAUGGCGAGUGGCCAACAGGAAUACAGCUAAUCAGGAUGUGACGUCAGGAUGUGGCGUAUUUGGGAAGAAGAAAAAACAGUGUAAAGACAAGUAUCUGGCCAAGCACAGUGCAAUCUUUGAUCGCCUGGAUCUAGUCUCAUAUGAAGAAGUCGUACAGCUCCCUGCGUUCAACAGAAAGACCUUGGUGCUUCUUGGAGCCAAUGGAGUUGGGAGAAGUCACAUUAAAAAUGCUCUGAUUACCAAACACUCAGACAAAUUUGCAUAUCCAAUUCCACACACCUCGAGGUUACCAAAGGAAAAUGAAGAAGAUGGAAAGAACUACUACUUUAUUUCCAAUGAGGACAUGGUGAAGAACAUCACCUGUAAUGAAUUUCUGGAAUAUGGAAGCUUCCAAGGGGCCAUGUUUGGAACAAAGCUGGAGACAAUCCGCAAGAUCAAUGAAGGACAGGGCAAAAUUGCAGUGGUGGAUAUAGAGCCCCAGGCGCUGAAGGUUCUCAGAACAGCAGAGUUUGCACCACUGGUGGUCUUCAUUGCUGCUCCCUCUGGUAUUCAGCUAGGCACUCAGGUUGAAUCUCUCAAGAAGAUCCAAAAGGAGUCAGAAAUCCUCCAGCAAACUUACGGACAUUGGUUUGAUCUGACACUGGUUAACAAUGAACUACAAGAUACAGUGCAAAAUCUGGUGGAGGCAAUUGAAAAUGCAUGCACUACCGCACAAUGGGUACCUGUGUCAUGGGUCUAUUAGUGGACUGUUGCAGGAGGGGUACAACAAAUAAAAUGUACUUUUUAGAAUUCAUUUAAUCCAAAAUCAGAAUGCAGUUUGGAGCCUUGUCAUUUAUAACUGAAACAUCCCUAUUAGCAUUUUAGAAGAUGCCAUUCAAUUGAUACACCAUCUCUAAGGUCAUCAAGUUUUAUAUACUUUAAAAGCAAUGACUGUUAAGUAACGGGAGAUUGUAUUACUCACAAUGUUGGCUGACUUACAUUUGCUUUAAAUAACUUUCCUAGAGCCUGUUGUAUGUAACCCUUUAAUGUACCUGGUCCAGCAUUUAAACUCCUCCACAACACCACUGUAGUGAAUGACCUUAUUACAGCUCAUUCUGUUUCAUAUUGCAGCAUUUGCACAAGACAGAGAACAAUAAUGCAUCACUAUUUCACCAGCAGGUCCAAGAAUGGAUCAUGCAGGUCAUUAGGCUAUUGAAAACUAUAAAAUUUAGAAUUAUGGUAUCAGUCCACACUUGAAAUGCAGUGGGGAAUGGUGCAAGAAAUAUUCAGGCAUAUCAUGUCUACCGUUUCACCUAACUACAGCCAAGGUACGCAUCUAAGUAUAAGUGUUCUAAAAUCUUCUAGUCAACUUGAAAUUAUGCAAGAUAUUAGGUGCUAAACAUUAAUUGCAAAAGUACACCAUAUAAUGCUGAGUUAUGUAAUUUUCUCAUCUAAGUGGAAAUGCUUAUUUAAAUAAAGGCAUUUACCUCGGUGAA